AUGCACACAAUGAUCAAGUUGCUGGUAUUGUCACUGCUGUACAUCGGGGCGCACUCAAGCUAUGCGCUGCCGCCGUCCACCUUCGGCGACGCAUUAGCAAGCGCCGGUGAGCUGUCCAACAAGUUGAAGGAAACAACAGCAUGGAAAACCUUCGCCGGCAUUGCACGCGAGUCCGAUUCAAUCAACUCGUUGGUGCGGAUUAUACCCCAGACAACGAUGGGCUUCGUGCGGGAAGUGGUCAACUCAUUCCGGCGACAAAAAGAAUCCCGAGCAAUUGUGAUGACCCGAGGCGGUGCCGUUCAGGGUCGUAUUCAACGAGUGAAGGGAAGCAACAAGGGCGAAUUCUACGCCUUCAAGGGAAUCCGUUACGGGCAACCGCCGGUUGGGGAUCUCCGCUUCAAGGCCCCACUUCCGGAACAACCUUGGAAAGGAAUUCGAAGUGCCCUGCGGGAAGGCUCCGUGUGUCCCCACCGAAGUGUGAUCCUCGAUAACUAUAAGGGUACGGAAGAUUGCUUGUUUCUCAACAUUUACACACCUGAUUUACCGGCUGAAAAUUACGUCCCAAAUUUUCCUGUGAUGGUAUGGAUCCACGGAGGUGCCUUCUCCUUCGGAUCAGGCAAUGCAUUCCUUUACGGUCCGGACUACCUCGUGCCAGAAGGUGUUGUCUUGGUAUCGUUCAACUAUCGACUGGGUGCGCUGGGAUUUUUAGGUGUCGGUAAAGAUGCUCCUGGUAAUGCCGGCUUGAAAGAUCAAAUAUUGGCCCUCAAAUGGGUUCAGGAAAACAUAGCUGCCUUCGGUGGUGAUCCAAACAGUGUCACCAUAUUCGGCCAAUCGGCCGGUGCCGUUUCGGUGCAUAUGCUUAUAAUGUCUCCCCUGGCCAAAGGGUUAUUCCACAAAGCAAUCGCUCAAAGCGGAACGGCAUUAAACCCGUGGUCAAUUGCGAAAGAUCCCAAAACGCGCGGGUUUUCAUUGGGACAUCAGUUAAAUUGUAAUACCAACAGUACGGAUGAAUUAUUGAGUUGUUUACGCAAAGCAUCCGCACAGAAGAUUGUCAAUGCUGCCCCCAAAACUAUUACGCAGGAAGACGUCAAAAGGAGUAUCGGUUUGCCUUUUGUACCAUCCGUCGAGAAUUGGAUCGGUGACGAUGCAUCCGAUGAGGCACCGGUGAUCGCCGAUGAACCGAUGAACAUCAUGCAAAAGGGCUCUUAUAAUCACGUGCCACUAAUAGCGGGCUUUAACUCACACGAAGCUAUGCUGUUCAUAAGAAGGGUACGGAAGGAUCCGAAUUUGCUGAAAAACAUAAACGAAGAUUUUCAAAGAUUGAUUCCCGCAACUCUGCACGUGAGUCGAGACACCGACGAUGGGGCUUUGGUUGCACAGGACAUGCGCAAUUUUUAUCUCAACGGUGAAAAUAUCAGCGACUCGUCAAUGCAGAACAUGAUGGACCUGAUGUCCGACGCUAUGUUUCUGCACGGUAUAAUCGAUUUUGCUCGGUUGCAUGCCACAGGCGAAGGCCAAAAUUCUACCUGGCUGUAUAGAUUCGCCUACGACGGUGCACUGGGCAUCUACAAGCGGAUACUGGGGAUUGACUGGCCCGGUACCUGCCACGGCGACGAACUGGGCUAUCUGUUCCGUUUCGGGGUGCUCAACAUCCGUCUAGACAAUUCGUCGACGGAGCUGCAAACGAUGGCCAAAAUGACCCGAAUGUGGACCAAUUUUGCAAAGCACAGCAAUCCCACUCCCCUCGGUUCUGAGGACACCCUGCUAGGGGUACGCUGGCCAAACGUAAUCCCGCACACGAUGACGGAGCUGCCGUAUUUAGAUAUAACUUCCGAACUAGUGCCACAGAACAACCCGGAAGCAGAGAGGCUUCACUUCUGGGAUGCAAAAUAUGCAAAGUACAAUGGUGACAUAUUCUAA